GUAGCCUACAUGUACAUGUACAGUACAUAUACUGUACGUGUAUACCGUCAGUACACCUGCAAGGAACCUAAGGAAUUAGAUGAGUUUCUUCCACUUGAAGUUACAGAAUGGCACACGCAGGAAAAGGAAAACUUAUCGCCGUGAUUGGUGACGAGGAUACCUGCACAGGAUUUCUCCUUGGAGGCAUUGGCGAGUUGAAUAACAAGAGGCAUCCCAACUUUGUAGUUAUUGAAAAAGAUACAAGCGUCCAUGAAAUUGAGGAGAGUUUCAAGAGCUUCGUGACGCGGUCAGACAUCGCCAUCAUCCUCAUCAAUCAGAACUAUGCCGAGUUGAUUAGGCACCUGCUGGACAACCACACAGACCCCAUACCUGCCGUCUUAGAGAUUCCCUCCAAGGACAGCCCCUAUGACCCAAACAAGGACUCCAUCCUGCGCAGGGCGAAGGGCAUGUUCACUGCUGAAGAUUUCCGCUGAAAUUCCAGAAAAAUGGACUUCUACUCCUGAAUUAUUUUGAACACGGGCAUGGACUUUCACAACAGUGCAAUGCAUCCACUUCACGAAGCAAUGAGAUAUAGAUGUACAUGUACACUGUAUGUACAUGUACAUGUUGGUAUUUAUCAUUAUAACACCUCACAAGCCCAUUUCUAUCUCAGGUAGGUAGAAAAAAUAUGAAUGGUAAGAGUAAUUUAUUGAAUGUGUUGCUGAAUGAAAUUUUUCUUUCCCUCGCAUAAAGGUGCAACUCUCAUUUCUUGUAUAUGUAUCUGUUUCAUGCAGUACCUGAAUAAAUGUCCCUUGUCAUGCUUGUGUAGAAGCCAGCAAUUUUUACUUUCUCAGCUGAGCAUAAAAGUGUGACACAAAGUUUACUCCAUCUGAGGCAAGACUGAAAUUUUGUCUGUGUGUGUAAAGUGCUGCUACUGUGCUUACUAAACAUGCAGUUCUAUGAUAUAUGUUGUCACGUUUAUGGGACAUACUUAACAGUAACACCGUUCAGUAUACAAUUAGACAAUCACACUUGAUUGAUGACCCACCAAUCAGAUGAGGGGAGAUUUGUUCAGGUGUUGUAUAAAAAUAAACCUCAUGGUGGACCCCAAAGUCUUAGUAUUAAACAAUGAAUUGAAUAUUCCCAGGCAAGAGUGCAGGUACCACACUGAUGAUUGUCACUGAUGGUUGUAAAAUUAAUGCACGUCAAACCAGGAUUGAAUUGAAUGGAAAGAAAUCUACAAUACAUGUACAUAUGUGUUAGGUGUAAAAUUACUGUUCACAUGUGUACAUGUAGCAUUACUUCCUUUCUUUCCAACCUUGCUACGUAGCCUUUCAUUAUUGCAGUCAAAUGGAUGUCCUUCAAGGAGCUGUUUCUUGUCCUUCGCUUUCUGUUUUGUUUUAUGGCAUUUCAAUGAGAACAAGAAAGACCAAAAGAUUGCACUAUUUAAUUAUUUUUUUCCGCCGAAUGACCACGCAAACAUUUUGCAACCAAAAUUAUUUUGUAUAGAUAUUUUAUCGUUUCCUUGUUUAUAGUGUAAAAUUCUGCUAAGCCUGGCCCUGUUUUCGCUUGUGGCUUUUUCCAUCGGUCUGAUUUUGUCUUACAUGUACAUGUACAUUGUAGCACAUUCAACAGCGCUUAUCCUUCUUCAGUUUCCUAAGUUUUACCAGACAAGAAGCUAUGACUUUUAUUUAGCUAGAAUUAUAUAAAAAUCACCAUUCCUCUGAACAAGUGAAUGACUUGUUUAAAUUUGACACAUGUAUUUGUUCCUGUAAAAUCAUAGUUUUUGAUGUUCGGGUUAAAUUUUGUAAUGAACUAUUUUAAUGAAGGCAGUAUUUACAGCCGUUCCUAGUGUUUCAUAGUUAAGACCAGUAGCCACACGGUGUAGUGACAUUUACAAUAAAAGAUGUUAUUGCACAAACUUUAAGUUCCGUCUAUUGCAGGGCUUCAGAGAGUGUGGCAAUGACUCUGGGAAAUAAUUGAAUAUUUCUGAUGGAGGGUUAACCUAUGCCGCUUGCCAUGCAUCUCAAAUAUUGUUGUGUUUCAAAUGUACUUGUAUAAUGUUCCAAUAAUCAAUCUAUGAUAAUAAAAUUAUGUAUAAAAUCCUGCUUUAUAUACACAUGGUAUACAGUUCAUGUUUUUGUGUUCAUCGUUGAGUCAAAUUGAAAUUACACACAUACAUAGACAUGAUAGAAGAGGAUUUUCCGUCCGUUUUGGGUGGCGAGUAUAUGCCCCUCCCUUUCUUCCGACGCCCGAGGGCGCUGUUGCUGUGUCGUUGGAGAGCCGUUUAUGAUUACAGAGAGAGUUGCGUUGCAACAUGCGUAUCUCAAUUGUUUGAAAGUUUGGAGAAUGUUUGGGAGUCCUUGAUAGAGAUUUGGCCUAGCCUCUGACUAAGCCGGUAUUGGGAUAAUUGCUGAGGCGAGGCACACAAACGGGCUUCUAGAGAUUAGAAAUUCUACGUGCAACUUACGAAGCCAAAGUGUAACCCAUUAGGCCUAAAAGAGUGAAUAAAAUUGGUGUUUGUUUA